AUGGCAUUGGGUCUAGGAACGUCUGGUGUAGAUAACCCCAUGGAAGAGGCAGCUGGCGAGAACCACAUGAAACCCUUACUUCCUCUGUAUAGUGCAGGUUCGCAACCACAAGCACCAAAGCAGAGGGGCAGGCAGCACGCGCCAGGCAGCCGGAGCACCAACCCAGCCAUGCUCCCUGAGAUCAGUGACCGCCUAGAGCUUCUAGGCUCUGACCCUGCCUAUCUCCUGGAAAACUAUAGCUCUUCCUUUGACUAUGGAGGAGAAAACGAGAGUGACUUCUGCUGUAAUUCCCCACCCUGCCCACAAGACGUCAGCCUGAACUUUGACCGAGCCUUCCUGCCAGCCCUCUAUGGCCUCCUCUUUGUGCUGGGGCUGCUGGGCAAUGGCGCUGUGGUGGCAGUGCUGCUGAGCCAACGAGCAGCCCUGAGUAGCACCGACACCUUCCUGCUUCACCUGGCCGUGGCUGAUGCCCUUCUGGUGCUAACCCUCCCCCUCUGGGCAGUGGACGCUGCAAUCCAGUGGGUUUUCGGCUCUGGGCUCUGCAAAGUGGCAGGUGCCCUCUUCAACAUCAACUUCUAUGCAGGGGCCCUCCUGCUGGCCUGCAUCAGCUUUGACCGGUACCUGAGCAUAGUGCAUGCCACUCAGCUCUACCGCCGGGGCCCCCCGGCUCGUGUGACCCUCACUUGUGUAGUUGUCUGGGGGCAAUGUCUACUCUUUGCCCUUCCUGACUUCAUUUUCCUGUCGGCCCACCAUGACGCACGCCUCAAUGCCACCCACUGCCAGUACAACUUCCCACAGGUGGGCCGCACGGCACUGCGCCUACUGCAACUGGUGGCUGGCUUCCUGCUGCCCCUGAUGGUCAUGGCCUACUGCUAUGUCCGCAUCCUAGCUGUGCUGCUGGUCUCCAGGGGCCAGCGGCGACUGCGAGCCAUGCGGCUGGUGGUAGUGGUAGUGGUGGCCUUUGCCCUCUGCUGGACCCCCUACCACCUGGUGGUGAUGGUGGACACCCUCAUGGACAUGGGGGCUUUGGCCCGCAACUGUGGCCGAGAAAGCCAUGUGGACGUGGCCAAGUCUGUCACCUCAGGCCUGGGCUAUAUGCACUGCUGCCUCAACCCGUUGCUCUAUGCCUUCGUGGGUGUCAAGUUCCGAGAGCGGAUGUGGACGCUACUUCUGCGCCUGGGCUGCCCUGGCCAGAGUGGGCACCAGCGGCAGCUGCCAUCUUCCCGCCGGGAUUCAUCCUGGUCUGAGACCACAGAGGCCUCCUACUCGGGCUUGUGA